AUGAAUCAAUGUUUUGCUCAAAUUCCACAAAUCAAAGGUGUCAUUUUUGUGAUGGAUGGUAUGCUAAAAGAUGCAAAUUCGGUGAAUGAUCAUAAAAUAAUUGGAUUAUUUGUUCUAUGGGAUGAGAUGUAUAUGAAAAGUUGUGAAGAACCAACAGAAAGUUCCUUGGCUGAAUUUAAAGUAAAAAAAUCAUCUAAAUUAUUUCACUCUAAUCUUCAAUUAUCUAAACUGCAUUCAUGGCUUUUUCACAUCAAUGAAACAAUUAGACAAUUUGAUCUCUCAAUG